AUGUACUAUCUGAAGUUUUGGAUUACCUCAAUCAAGACAUUUGGAGGCAAAGAGGCACCACUGUUUCUUGUUGUCACACACACAGAAACAAAAUCUACAAAUGAAAUAGAGAAGUAUUUGGGGGAGUUUUGGAAUGCCGUACCCGAUGACGAUAAAGAUUGGUUAAGUGGGUCUCUGAAUGAUCGAGAAUAUGCAGUAGGUCUAGAGGAACUUAAUGAUAAUACCAAGGAAAUGCUGGAGUCAAUGAAAAAAUCCAUAGUGGAACUAUUCGCAGACAAGAACAAUACAAAAGUUGAAUUGCCUUCUUCAUGGGCUCUAAUGGAGCAGUUAUUGUAUGAAGGAGGCUGGAAGGUUUUGUCCCUGAGUGAAAUCUGGAAGCUUAACUCAUCUCUUCCUGAUGAAUACCAAAUCAAAAAAGACAAGGAAAUGUCCGAAUUUUUAAAAUGUUUCCAUGACAAUGGUCUUCUUUUGAAUUUUGGAGAAGCGGACUUGAGGGAACAUGUUAUACUAGAUAUUCAGUGGUUUGCUAAUGCUUUCAGCAAGAUAAUUGCUGAUGAAAAUCACAUCAAUAAAGAUUGUAAAAGGAAAUUAAUUAAAGAGUGGAAAUCCUUCAACAAAACGGGGGAACUUAAAGAUAAAGUGAUAAAUGCACUGUGGAAAGAUGAACCCUCUUACUUGAAACAUAAAACUGAAAUUAUGCUGUACAUGGAGAAACUUCAAAUGCUGGUACCUUUGAAUGCAUAUAAGGCUGUAUCAGAAGGUGGCAUGUCAUGGUAUGUCCCAUGUAUGAACAAAAAGCAGUUUAAAGCUGACUUCUGUGAAGAUAAAUGGGAAUCCUCAUCCAUUUUGUGCUAUCGAUGCUCUUCCUUUGCCAUGUUUGUGUUCUACAGACUGGUAGCAUACUGCAUAAGUUCUCUAAGAUGGAGUGUAGCAAAAGAUGAAGAUAAUGAAGGAAGUCCAUGUCUCUAUCAAACAGGGGCAGUGUUUGAUCACAAUGAACAUACUGUUGUUGUUGGCAUAUGCAAUGAUGAUAUUCAGUUGCAGGUGCUGAGAAUCAAACCAUUGGCUGUAGAGAAAGGUGUAUCAAAUGAAAUUGGAGUCUCCAUUGAUAAAGCAAUAAAAAAAUUGACAGAAACAUUUAUUGACACAAAAAUAUUCCAUAGAGGAUACAAAUGUCAAAACAUUAUUUGUAAUGAGAAAGAUCUAUCUUUUACCCUUUCAAGUGAGCUCUCCAAGAUCAAGGCAGAAGAAACGCAGUGCAAGUGUGAACUUCGGGAGAAACAUGUGAUAAAUGUACAGAGGACACAGGAAUUCUGGGAAAAGAGAGAGGCGAGUGAUUCCAGUACUCCUGUGGCCUCUGGACAAAACCUAGAAGGCCGGUCUAGAUUUGCAAAACUUGGUAUGGCUACAAAUGAUGUGUUGAAUAAGGCAUACAGAGAUAUUCUGGAAUCAGAAAUUCCCGCAUCUGACAUUGAGAACAAGGUGGAUUUAUUAUCAAACAAAAAGUUGAAGAGUCUGAAUCUAAACGCACAUCAAGAAGAUCAAUUGAAAAAAGCAAAAAUAUCAGGAUAUGAGGAAUUUGAUAUUUCAUUAACAUACAAGUUGAUAAGAAACAUUUGUUCAAAGAUACCUAAACCAACAAAAGGAGAAUGGGGAGAAGAGCCUGCAGCAGGAGAGGUGACAGUGGGUGAUGAUAUCGAAAGAAUUAGGUUAAUACGAAAUAGACUUACUGCACACGUGAGCUCAGCCUCCAUCCCUCAGACAGAAUUCGAUGAUACCUGGUCAACAAUGUCAGAUGUCUGCCAAAGACUGGAAACCUUCACUGGUAAAAAGUACUUCGAUAGUCUUAAAGGCAUUCAGAAACUGGCUCUAAAAGAGGAGGGGGAAGAUGCAAUUAAAGCUAUUAUAGAAAAGUUUGUCAAAGAUCAACAAGAACUGAUGAAGACAGUCGUGUCAGAUGUUCAAGAAUUAAAGUCUCAAAUGUUGACAUUAAAACAAAAUUGAAGUCUGGAAGCAAUCUUUCAGAAAUAAUACAUUUUACUCAUAGAACGUUUGCAGGACUAGUACAGUAAAUAAUGUAUUCUGUAACACUUUGUAGAAGAUGUCGGAAAUCUGAAAUACACUCGAAAGUUUCAUUGGUGAAACGCACUUGGAUUAGCUUAAUUAUAAUCAUAAACUGAAUUUGAGGAAUUUGAUAUUUCAUUUAGAUACAAGCUCUUAAGAAACAUUUGUUCAAAGAUCCCCUAGCCAACAAAAGGAAGGUGGGGAGAAGAGCCUGCCUGCAGAAGAAGAAGUGACAGUGGGUGAUGAUAUCGAGAGAAUUAGGUCAAUACGAAAUAAAUUGACUGCACACAUGAAAUCGGCCUCACCCUUUUAGACAGAAUUCAAUAACAAAGUGGUCGACAAUGUCAGAUAUCUGCCAAAGAUUGGAAACCUUCACUGGGAAAAAAUACUUGGAGAACCUUAAUAGCAUAUAUAAACUGACUUUAGAAGAUGAAGAUGCUAUUUCGGCUAUUUUACAAAAAGUCAACAAGGAACAACCUGAUAUGUUGAAGAAAGUCAUGUCAAAUAUGCAAAACUUAAUGUCAGAUAUGAGAGUGGUUAAGUUUAAUUUGAAAAAAAAAAGCAAAAUUGAUGUUGACAGGCGGUGCUGUGCAAAUUAAACUUUUUAUGCAUCGAACAUAUGUAGAAUGACUUCGACUUUAAACAAUUGAAGACCAGCCUUUGUCAAUUGUGAAGAAAUGUGUAUAUCAUCAUUUCUUUUAUGAAAA